AUGCUAGCCAUCGCGUUUCUGACCUUUGCGAUCACCGUCACAAAUGCUCUUCAGCUAAAUGUUGGUGUGAUUUUGGAGGAUCCCAGUCCAGGCAAGGAGGCAGCCUUUCGAAAGGCCAUCUACUUGGCCAAUGAGAGGUUGGGCAGAAGUCAACGCAGCGCAGAGCAGACUUUGUUUUUGAACCUACUUAUCAAGAAUAUUGAGGUGGCGGACACCUUUGCAGCCGCAUCAGCAAGUUGGUUGCCCUUGAGUUUACGUAUUUUCGUUCACGACUUCCAGAUUUUGCUUUUAAAACACAGUCGGAUCUAG